UUUAGGUAACUUGGUGUUGGCAUUUGGGGUUAGGGUGGGAUUAAGGGAGAGGGGAUAGGGUUGGUGUUUGGUGAAGGAUUUGUGUUUAGAGCAAUGGCAACAGCCAAAAAAAGAAAGACUUCCCCUAUCUGGGAAUAUUUCGAGCUUAUACGUACCAAUGUAUGUAUGCUUUUCUAAAAAAAAACAUCAGUUUUUGCUUAAACUUAUUUUGUUCUUGUAUGUAAUUUCUUAAUUUCAUAUAACUUUAUUCAGAAGGUGAGAUGCUUGGUGUGUGACAAGGAACUUGUGUAUGGAAACAGCACAUCAUCCAUGCUAAGGCAUUUCAGAGCUUUACAUGAGACUGCACAGCCCCAGAACAAUCCUACAAGCACACAAACAUCUCGCAAGCAAAUGGUUGAUGAGGCAUUGGUCAACAUGGUCAUAAAAGACUCUCAGCCAUUUUCAGUGGUUGAGGAUGAGGGUUUCAGGGGCCUCAUCCAUGCCCUUGAUCCUUCCUAUAUAAUCCCAAACAGACAGGCUUUAAAGAAAAUGGUGGCUUUAAAAUAUGAAGAAGCAAAGAGGAAAGCCAAGGCUGAGAUGGAAAAAGCAACUGCUGUGUCUCUAACAUCAGAUAUGUGGACUUCUAUCAACACAGAUGCAUAUCUUGCAAUAACCUGCCAUUACAUUGAUGACAGUGAUAAGAUGAAUACAGUGUUGUUGGAUGUUGAGAAGUUCCCAGACAGACACACAGCGGAAAAUAUGGCCCUGGUGAAAAAGAAUGUCAUGAUGGAGUGGGCAAUCAAGGACAAGGUGAAGUGUCUUGUCACAGAUGCGGCAGCAAACAUGAUUGCUUGUGCAAAAAUUCUGCAAGUGAGACAUUCAGUGUGCAUUGCACAUGCACUUAACACCAUGGUUAAAAAGUCUUUUGAUCAGGUACCAGCUCUGUGUGACAUUCGAAACAAAGCUAAAAAAGUGGUCACCUAUUUUCGAAGCAGCACCUCUGCUAAAGAAAUGUUGACCCAGGUGCAGAAAGAGAUGAACAGUAAUCUAGUGAAUGAUGUGGAAACACGCUGGAACAGCACUUUACACAUGCUUCAACGGCUGCAUGAGGAAAGGCAAACUGUGGAAGCAUCCCUUGCAUCACUUAAAACUGAUAUAGCUCCACUUCAUGCACAGGACUAUGAAGCCAUACAGCAAAUUCUGUGUGUUCUUGCCCCAUUCCACCUAGCCACAGUAGAGCUGUCCGAGGAAAAACGAGUGUCUGGCUCCAAAGUAAUUCCUUUGCUAAAAAUGAUUCACUAUUCAUUACUGGUAAAUCAUUGUAUAUUUCAUAAGUUAACAUUGGCCAUUGCAAAGGAAUUAACAGACAACCUCAUCAGGCGUCUGAGGGAACAUAUCUGGAAUAUGGAGUCGCUCAGCAUAAUGACCAUGGCAACUCUGCUGGACCCAAGGUUUAAAACUUUGGGUUUCCUUAACCACACUAAAAUGACAGAGGCUGUCAAACGGCUAAAAGCAGAAUGUGCUAAUGUCAUUAGGGCCGAAGAUGAAAGACCGUCCACAUCAUCAAGCACUCAGUCAACAGAAGCACCAUCAUCAACCCAACAGCCCACACCAAGCUCAAUCCCUCCAGAAACACGGGCGGCCUGGCCAGUUUGUCAGCCUCCGUCUUCCUCCACAUACCCUCCAGUGAAUUGUUCCCUGUGUCCUGCUGGACCCACAUACCUCCGUUGGGUCCAGAGGGCCGAAGAAGAGGAGGAGGAGGAAGAAGCCGGCCUGUCUCGAACCCGCUCCAGCCCUCGCCGAGCCAGAUUCUCCAGUCUCCGCCGAGCCAGAUUCUCCAGUCUCCGCAGAGCCCACUUCAAUACCAGUGGGGCUUCUUAUUGUGUAUGA